AUAAACUCCUAGUCUUCUUCAUCUUCUACUACCCAGUAUUCUGUAUAUUCCACCAUGAGAGCACCACAAUUUCUUCUACAAUGUCUUCUCUCUCUUCUCCUCCUUCCCUCCCACUCUCUCUCCUCCCCACCACCCUCCGCCUCCGUCUGCAUCAUCGGAAGUGGAAUCUCCGGCGCAUCUGUCGCUCAUUUCCUCCGCAAAUACUCGCCGGAAAAACCCUCGCCGAUCUCUACAAUUCGCAUAUUCGAUCGUAACUCCGUCGUCGGAGGUCGUAUGGCUACUAUCACCAUUGCUAACGAAACAUUCGAAGCUGGUGCUUCGAUUCUCCACCCUAAAAAUUACCACACGUCAAAUUUCACCGAAUUUCUUCACUUGAAGAAGAGAUUUUCGAAUGAUGAUGAUGAUUGUGAUUCUUUAGGGGUUUGGGAUGGGAAUCAGUUCGUGUUGAAGACGUUAAGAAGUUCGAAUUGGGGGUUUUCGUUUGUUAAUAAGGUUAUUUCUUUGGUUAAUUCGGUUAAGAUUUUUUGGAGGUAUGGGUUUUCUUUGCUCAGAAUGCAGAAUUUUGUUGAGGCUAUGCUAGGUAAUUUCCUGAAUUACUAUGAGGGCUUUGAUACAAGGCCUGUCUUUAAUGGUGUGGAGGACAUGCUCAAAUGGUCAGGUUUAUAUAAUCUCACCCGUCGGACAUUGGAAGAUGAAUUACUUGAUGCCGGCUUGUCCCCUCUUCUUAUAAAAGAGCUUGUCACGGUUAUUACACGGAUCAAUUAUGGUCAAAGUGUCAGCAUGAGUGGACUGGCAGGAGCAGUAUCUUUAGCAGGUUCAGGUGGUGGGUUAUGGGCAAUAGAAGGUGGCAAUUGGCAAUUGGCUGCAGGACUUAUUAAUAGUUCAGAUGUUGAUUUGCAUCUAAAUGAAGAGAUACAAUCUGUCUCCCACCUCGGAACUCAUUAUGAGCUUAAUUCAACUACAGGAAACAAUUAUGUUUGCCAAGUCACUGUUUUCGCUACACCACUCGAUGAACUAAAAGUUAGAUUUGACCCACCAAUAUCAGUUCCGGAGAGGAAGAUGCAGCACACUCACACUACUUUUAUCAGGGGCUUGUUGAAUCCUGCAUAUUUUGGCUUGACAAGAGUUGGGGAUAUUCCAGACCUGGUUGGCACCCUUGAGAAUUCCAACAUUCCCUUUUCAUGUAUAUCUGUCCUAAAGAAACACAAGGAAGAUAUGACAUACAAGAUGUUUUCACGCAAACCUUUGGAUGAUGCAUUGCUUGAUCAAAUAUUCAGCAUUAGGAAGGAGACUAUUCACAUCGAUUGGGCCGCAUAUCCUCACUAUGAAGCUCCAGAGGCAUUUGCACCCUUUAUAUUGGAUGAUACACAUUUGUAUUAUGUUAAUGCCUUUGAGAGUGCAGCUAGCGCAAUGGAAACGGGUGCAGUUUCCGGUGAGAAUAUAGCACGUUUAAUCUUGUCAAGACUUUAUGCUGAAGCAUAUUCAAAGUCACCUAAUGUAAAGAGCGCCACUUGCAGCAGUAGUGAUCUACGCUCGGAAUUAUAGUCUCAUGCAUAUAUUUUGGAGGAUUACGAUGUAAUGUACAUAUGUAGCAGUAGCAUUGUACUAAUUUGUAUAUUGCGGGUCAAAAUCAUGUAUCAGAGAUGUUAUGUUUGAAAUUUUUAUGUACAAGAGUAUAAAUAAUGGUGGUGGCUACAAAACUGGUCUUUGCUACUGUGGUGUAAGAAUAAGCUUCUUGUUUUAUU